AUGGCACGCACGUUCUCCAAGUCGCUGAGGGUUGGUUUGAUGGUAGGAAUCGGGGGCGGUAUCCCAACCCCGGAAAAUGACGUGCGCCUGGGCGACGUUGUAAUCAGUUGCCCGGUUGGCACGUAUGGGGGUGUUGUUCAAUAUGAUAUGGGGAAGCAUGUCGCUGAUGCAUUCACCCGGACCGGGUCGCUGAACAGUCCGCCUCGGUCGCUGUUGACAGCAAUCAGCCGUCUCAGAGCCGAUGAGCUGGCGGAUGAUCCUCAAUACUACGAUUAUAUUCAAUCUGCGACCGAUCGAACAGUUCGCACAAAGAAGUUGUUUCGGAACCCUGGUCCUGAGGGCGAUCGACUUUUCAAAGUCGAGAAUGACCAUCCCACCGAUGAAAGCUCUUGCGACGCUUGUCCCUCUGAGUGGGAAGUGGUACGCGAAGCCCGAGAAGAUGAUCUUCCACGCGCGCAUUAUGGGCUCAUCGCAUCUGGCAAUUCAGUGAUCAAGGAUGCGAGAUCCCGUCAGAAGUUGGGCGAAGAGAUCGGCGCUCUGUGCUUUGAGAUGGAGGCUGCAGGGUUGAUGUUGGAUUUUCCGUGUAUCGUCAUUCGGGGAAUCUGCGACUACUCGGAUUCCCACAAGAACAAGCAGUGGCAAGGAUAUGCUGCGCUGGUGGCAGCGUCCUAUGCCAAGGAACUGUUGGGAAAUUUGCCUCACAGCCAAGUGACCCAAGAGUGGCUAGCGGUCGAUAUUUGUCACUCAAUAGAAAAUUUGAAUGAUUCGGUUCGCGGUACCAACGAGCGACUAGACAAGGCUUUCGAUCAACAGGCAUCACAGUUUUAUCAGCAAAGAGAGACAGAAUUCGUCGGGGAGCACCAGAAAUGCCACAAGGCCCUGAAAACAUCGAACUACGAGAGUUUCAAGGAUAUCAACCCAUCGCGGGCCUCAGGGACUUGUCGAUGGGUUUUAGAGAACCCGACAUAUCUCAAUUGGCGUGAUAGUUUAUCAAACAGUCUUCUUUGGGUAUCUGCCGACCCGGGCUGCGGCAAAUCGGUCCUGUCCAAAUCACUGAUCGACAUCAAUUCCAACGACCUGGAGCCAAGGACAAUCAUUGCGCAAUUUUUCUUCAAGGACAACGAGGUACAGAAUCGGCUGAACGUUGCUCUAUGUGCCGUUCUUCACCAAAUCUUUGCCCAGGAGCCAGCUCUGAUUUCUCAUGCAAUGGAUUUAUACAACAAGACCGGAUACAGCAUUAAGUAUGAGACUUCCGCGCUGUGGGACAUAUUGUUGAAAGCCGUCGCAGGAUCUAAGGCGUCUCAGAUCAUUUGUGUUCUUGAUGCCCUUGACGAAUGCCAUACCAAAGACGUGGAGGUUCUCAUCCAGAAAUUGCGCGAGGUCUUUGGAGAGAGAAAAGUAAGGAGUGAUUCUGAAAUGAAGGCACGUCUUAAAUUCUUCGUCACAAGUCGCCCCUAUCUUGAGAUCCAAGCCUUGUUCUCUUCUCUCACAGACUCAUGGCCACAGAUCCGAUUGAGAGGAGAAGAAGAAAGUGAUCAAAUCAAGAAAGAAAUCGACAUUGUAAUUCGGAUCAAAAUGCAGCAGGUGGCCCGAGAAGCAGGUCUUUCACCCGAAGAGCAGAAGAAGUUUGAGACUGAACUUCUGCAAAUGGAGAAUCGAACAUAUCUCUGGCUGCAUCUGGCAAUUGAAGACAUACGUACUACUCUGAGCAACAGUGUUCAACCGGAUUCCGAGUCAAUCAGGCACAUUCCCCCGACGGUGGAUGCCGCAUACGCAAAUAUUCUGGCCAGAGUACAAGCAAGCCAAUUGUCAACCGUGAAAACAAUUCUUUUGAUAAUCUGCGGUGCACGCCGGCCAUUGACGAUCCAGGAAAUGGCCAUAGCCCUGGGAAUCGCCCUGAAGCCGGAAUCAUCGAACAUCCACAGUGUUCAGUUAGAUCCAUCCCGGCUGAGUGCUCGAAUCCGAAGCCUGUGCGGUCUUUUCGUUAUCAUUACCAAUUCACGAAUCCACUUGCUGCAUCAGACAGCGAAGGAAUUUCUCGUCAGGGAUGAUAUUUCUGUGGAAGGUGAAGAUUUGACUACACUGUACCCACUCGGAAUCGCAGAGACCGAAUCAACACUGGCAGAAAUAUGCGUGCGCUUCCUACUCAUGGAAGACUUCUGCGGCUCCCACUAUCGUUUUAAACUGUGGUGUUAUUCUGAUUCAAAAUUCAAGGACUGUCCCGAACAUCCGGCUCACGGUGUCUAUACUUUCUUGCAAUAUGCAGCCGAGCAGUGGGCUCGCCAUGUGCGGCAUAUGUCUUCUCAUCGAUACAACCACAAUGAAAAGCUCAUCAGUCAGCUGUAUGAUACCUCCAGUCAGACCUUUCUGGUAUGGUUUGAACUAUUCUGGCAGACUUCAGGCUUUGGAUCGUUUUGGUCUCUGCGUGUCGCCUUCAAUCCUCAAAUUGAUCCACUGUGUCUAGCGGCCUUGAACGGGCAUGAAAAUCUGUUGAGGAAAUUUCUCCUGGGAAAAAGGAAAGAAGACUCGCAUCACUGGACUGCACGAAAUGAGCGCAAUCCCAUAUAUGAAAACGAGACAUGUGCAUUUAUAUGGGCAGCAUGGGCAGGCUACUACGAUAUUUGUUGCAUCCUUCUAAACCAAGGGGCUCGUCUUCAUUCUUUCGCCGCGCAAGCUGCAUUAUUCCAAGGAAACACUAAUAUCUUCCAGCUCUUUUCUGAAAGAGGUGGAGAUUCCUCGUUGGACCUUGAAGACGCUCUUAGAAAGGCAUCUUGGGACAAAGAUCUCGGUGCUGUACGUUCUAUCCUCGAAGCAGGAUCCUCUUUAAACGACGGAAGUGGAGUAAGACGCGUUCAAGCGGUUGAGGACGCCUGCUUCACUGGAUCUAUCGACAUGGCUCGUUUCCUCCUGGACAGAGGAGCCGGCAUUGAUACCCGAGGAUCCGGCGAUGACGUCAAAAGCGAUGCGCUGUACUUUACUUGUUUUAAAGGCAAUCUUGAUCUUGCCGAAUUAAUUCUGGAGAGAGGAGCUCAGGUCGACGGACCCAAACCGUCCUCACCCCCGCCUCUCGUGGCUGCUUGCAAUAGCGGUAACGUCGAUAUUGUGAGGCUACUCAUCGCAAAAGGCGCCAGUCUUACCAAAGUCACAUGUCUCAUUCCGACGCCGCUGGAGGUCGUGUGUAGGACUGGCUCCAUCAAGAUCGCCAGAACGCUCAUUGAAGGUGGGGCUGACGUUAACGCACCAUCCUCGGAUCAAUCCAGUUGUCUCUCGGUUGCUCUUAGAAAUCGUCACAUGGAUAUUGCUUUAUUGCUACUGGACCAUGGUGCUCACCCCGAUAUGCCGGAAGACGAAAUGGCAGGCUGUCGUAGGUCUCAUAACACCGCUCUCCAAGCUGCCUGUCGGCAAGAAAUUGAGGCUCAAAAACUCAUUCUCGAUCGAGGCGCCUGUAUCAACGCAAGAAUUGAAUUCAAGGAUACCGCUUUAGCAACUGCCUGCAAAUUUUGCGAUGUGGAUAUUAUCGAACUUCUUCUGCAGACGGGAGCUGAUGCUGACCCUGGUGCCUUCGUAGCAGCAGCUCACCGGGUUGAGGUAAUGAAAUUGCUUCGCCAUCUGAGAUCGAAUUUGAACGGACUUUCCGAGAAUAAUAGCGGUACCACAGCUCUUGAAGCGGCCUGUUCUCCUAAAUUCAGCAAGGAAGGACUUGAGUACUUGCUGAAAGUUGGAGCAGGUAGUCAAACGCUAAAAUUCCAGAGAACACUUGACCGCGCCUUGCUGAGCGUCAGUGGAGCCGGACAGCCGCGGGGUGUCGAAAUGUUAUUGGAUGCAGGAGCAAAUGUCCGUUUUCAUGACGAAAGUACUCCUAGUGCUCUUGAAUGUGCUGCAAAGUCUGGUUGCACUGAGUCUAUGAGGCUAAUUAUAAAGAGAGGAGCUGAGAUCGGCCUGAAACUUUCCUCUUUGAACGAAAGACCAUCUCCGCUGGAGCUUGCUUGUUGGAAUUCUCACUAUGCGGCUGUGGAGCUCCUGCUGACUGAAGCUGACAACGAUGGUACAUGUAUAGAAAUAUCGGAUGUGGCGUACGGUCGUGCUCUGCAAAUUGCCUGCUUGAUCACACCCUCCAUGAUGAAGCUUCUACUAAGGGGGGGAGCAAACGUCAAUUUUCACGAUGAUGAGAUGAAAGCCGCACUUCACGUUGCCUCCCGAUUUUUCGACCUCGAUAUAAUGCAGGUUCUCUUAGAGAGUGGUGCCGACCCUGACCUUCCAAGCCUUGACGAAGGAUAUCCCCUUCGUAUCAUAUGUACUCAAGAUAUCGACCCUUCAUCAGCUGAUCGUUCCAAAUCCCCUCACAAAGGAAAUCCUCUUGACGCUAUACAAAUGCUUUUACGACACGGUGCGAACAUCAAUGGCCACAGUGGAUUGGACAAUACAACUGCUCUCAUAGAGGCCUGCCGGGUCGGUCGCAUUGAGAUUGUGAUGCUUUUGCUGCGAGAAGGAGCCGACGUCAAUGCCGUCGAUAAGCACCAACUCAGUGCUCUCAUUCUAGCUGCGGCGAAGGGCCAUGUUCAUAUCGUGCGUGAGCUACUCCGACAUGGAGCUGAUGUUAAUUAUCGACGCGCGGUUGCAAAUUUUGAUAAUGAUGAUGAACACCAGUUUGCACUCACUGAUGGUACAAGGCAUUUCGGUAGGGAUAUCAAUUCGAAUGGGCCCUGGGAAACCGCACUACAGGCAGCGUCAGCCUGUGCAAGGGAUCCCAAUGAUGACCCGAUGAUAGAUUUGCUAUUGGAAAAUGGUGCCAUGCUUUGA